AUGAAGUCGAUCAGCCAGGCUGACAUGAUUAGGUUUGUGAAGCGUAAGAUAAUACACCGCUUCGGCCUGCCUAAGACCCUCACCUGUGACAAUGGGUUAGUGUUCUCUGGAGGGGAAGUGUCUCAGUUUACGCAGGAGUAUGGCAUGACCAUUACCUUUUCAAUGCCCUAUUAUGCACAGGGCAACGGUCAAGCGGAGGCGAGCAAUAAGGUUAUUAAGGUAAAUUUAUCCAAGGUUAUCGAUGACAACCCAAGGUUCUGGGCGAAGAUGCUGUCAGAAGUGCGGUGGGCCUUCAAAACUUCAAAGAGGACAACGACGGGGACAACUCCCUAUGCGCUGACCUUCGGUUAUGAUGCCAUCCUACCCAUGGAGGUGACCAUGAAGUCCCUAUGGGUGGCAAGACAAUACGAAAUGUCUCCUAGUCAGUACAAAGAUUCUUUGAUGGCUGAGCUCGAUGACCUGGAUGAAGAGCAUCUGUUGGCUCUUGACCGAGUACAGGCCCAAAAAGCCAAAGUAGCUAAGGCCUACAACAAAAUGGUCAGGCCCAAGGCAUUCGCUGAGUUGAACCUAGUCCUAAAAGCCGUGUUGCCAAUUGGACAUAAGGACCCCAAAUUCGGGAAGUGGUCACCCACCUGGGAAGGACCGUUCAUGGUGCAUCAGGUCUUAAAGGGUGGGGUAUAUCGCUUGAGAACUCUGGAUGGCCAAGUGUAG